GACGGGACGGUGAAGGACGAUUGUGGAUAGAUACACCUGCUAACGGCGACUAGCUGCACAAUCUCCACGGUGCACGCCACAGAUUUCGGGCUGGUAGCCUGAGGUAUACCUCUGUCGUGCCGCACAACUUAACCUCUGUCGUGCCGCAGAACUCAACCUCUGUCGUGCUACCGCGGCCUGUCGUGCCGCUACCUAUCGUCGCCCAUCGUCGCCGCUGCCCAACGCAUCGCCCACCAUGUCGGCCGCAAUCGAUAACGAGGACCUGGAAGAGCUCUCCUUGAGCAUGCCUACCCCACGGCGGGGAGGUGCGAGCACCACCAAGACGGUCGACUUCCAGCAGAGCACCGAGCCCGUCUUGCCUGCGCUGGCCGUCGAACCGAACAAGGCGCGAGACUCCAAGGCGAGCCAGCGGCUGGGGCAGUACACCAUUGUCCGGACGCUGGGCGAGGGCUCCUUCGGCAAGGUCAAGCUGGCCACGCACCAGGUCAGCGGCCAGAAGGUCGCGCUGAAGAUCAUCAACCGCAAGCGCCUGGUCACCCGCGACAUGGCCGGCCGCAUAGAGCGCGAGAUCCAGUAUCUGCAGCUGCUGCGGCACCCUCAUAUCAUCAAGCUGUACACCGUCAUAACGACGCCCACAGAGAUCAUCAUGGUCCUCGAGUACGCCGGGGGAGAGCUCUUCGACUACAUUGUCAACAACGGCAGGCUGCAGGAGGACAAGGCGCGCAAAUUCUUCCAGCAGAUCGUGUGCGCCGUCGAGUACUGCCACCGCCACAAGAUCGUACAUCGCGACCUGAAGCCCGAAAACCUGCUCCUGGACGACCAGUACAACGUCAAGAUCGCCGAUUUCGGUCUCAGCAACAUCAUGACCGACGGCAACUUCCUGAAGACGAGCUGUGGAAGCCCCAACUACGCUGCCCCCGAAGUCAUCUCCGGAAAGCUGUACGCUGGGCCUGAAGUCGAUGUCUGGAGCUGCGGUGUCAUCCUGUACGUUUUGCUCGUCGGGCGACUGCCUUUCGACGACGAGUACAUUCCCACGCUGUUUAAGAAAAUCGCCGCGGGAAACUACAGCAUACCGAACUACCUCUCGCCCGGCGCCGUCUCGUUGAUCAAGAAGAUGCUCAUGGUCAACCCGGUACACCGCAUCACCAUCGGCGAGAUCCGCAUGGAUCCGUGGUUCACCAAAGAUCUCCCUGCAUACCUCGAGCCCCCCAUCCAGGAGUUCUUCGACACAGGCAUCGACCCCAACAAGGCCAUUGACCCGAAAGCUGCGGCACCGUCCCACCCAGCCCCGAUUGUCCAGAAGCUGCACGAAACGGUCGUCUCGAAGCUGGGCAAGACGAUGGGUUAUGCGAAGCAUGAUGUCCAGGAAGCGCUGGCGCGCGACGAACCUAGUGCAAUCAAGGAUGCGUAUCUGAUCGUCCGUGAGAAUCAAAUGAUGAAGGCAAAUCCACUCCUUACGAACGAGCAAAACCUACAUCCGUUCUUGGCAUCAUCACCUCCGACUGGCCAUGACUAUCUGAGUCAAUCUAUACCACAGGUCUUGGCUGGCGGUCCACGACCUCAGAUCAUACCACCGCCUUCAGCCGAUCAUGAACGCGCCAGGCAAGGCUCGAACGCAAGCAGCCAGCUUGCAAGCGCCCGCAGUCCUGUCAGCACAAUCGCCAUCUUGCCCAGCAGUCUCACAGAAUACCACACUGCGUAUAUGAAGGGUCACCCGAGACCGCCACCGGCAACACAAGGGCUAGAAGACUCGCCAUCUGGGCAGACUGAAGAACAGCGCGCGGCCAAUGCUCGACGACUAAAGCCCAACUUUCGAACCCUGCCAGAUCCGCAACGACCAAGACCGGAACCAAUGACAGCUUUACCUGCAAAGAAAGCAAGGCCAACCAAAUGGCAAUUCGGAAUCCGUUCACGGAACCAGCCCGCUGAGGCAAUGCUCGCCAUCUUCAAAGCCCUCAAGGCCAUGGGCGCCGACUGGGAAAUUCCUGAACCACGCAAAUCCGGCGAACGAAGCGGCAGCCGCUCACGCAGCGCCUCCCACGGCUCCCACGACGCAUCCGGUUCCCGCUCGCGCAUGCAUUCUCGAAGCUCAUCCAUAUCCUCGCACUCGUCUGAAGGCGCGGUGCACUCGGACGACGAGCACUCUCUGCACCGCAAACCGCUCACGGUACGAAACACGGACAGCGAAGAGCCCCGCGGCCGCAAAAAACACCACUACAAUCACACCAACGACUGGGGCUACCGCGUCCCCGAGGACCCAUGGGUCAUCAACGCGCGCUUCAGGAAAGACGGCAUGUUCCCGCCCGGCGUCGCGCACCCGUCCUCGACACACUCAAGCCGCGUCGAUCUGCACCGCGACCCCGAGUCCCGCCGCCGCAGCUCAACAACAACCAGCACAAGCAGCCACGCGGUCGACGGACUGACGGGCCUAGGCAGCCCGGACGAAGACGCGUACCCCGAGCCCGACGAGGCCGUCUGGAUCUACGUCAGCAUCCAGCUGUACUCGAUCGACCGCGACUUCUUCGUCGUCGACUUCAAGUGUGCCGGCUACGAGCGCCUGGUCUCCAACCUGGUCCGCGAGAUCAAGGCCACGGGCGAUGUCAACUUGGCCUCGUCACACCGCAGCAAACACCAGCACGAGGACGGCUGGGACGACGAGCAGGGCGUCUGGCGCCGCCUCGACGACGGCGAGCCGCUGCCCGAACACGUCGAGAGUGAGUUGAAGGGUGGCCGCGGCGUCUUGCGCGAGCGCACCGAGGAGAUUGGUGCCGGCCGCAUGGAGGGCGAGAAAGUGUGUACUUCGCCGUUUCCUUUCUUGGAUGUCGCCAGCACGUUGAUCCUGCAGCUGAGCGGCGAGUAGAUGCGUCGAGGAGAGGCGUGGUGCACCGGGUCAGAGCGUGUGAGUGCAGGUGUACAGGAUAGACGGUCAUGGCGC